AUGAGUGUGCUGCCUUCAGUAUGGACAAUGGAAAUGGAUUUGUAUCACGAAAGAUACAACGAACGAGAGUUGCAAAUGAUGCAAGUUUCCAACAGCAGUUUAGUAAACACUAAUGAGGACAAGGUAUGCUGUGUGAAAUGAUCAUACUCUUAUAUAGUCGAAGAGAAAUUGUUAGUCAGUUAGUUAGUUAGUUAGUUAGUUAGUUAGUUAGUUAGUUAGUUAGUUAGUUAGUUAGAAACUUUACUAAAGUGACAUAUGUCAUCUAGCCGGUUACAAAAUAAACUAGUAAUUGAUACAGCAGUGAGCAAAAAAUUCAUUUGCUCGAGUGGGAUUCAUUCUGAACUAAAGUUUUACCUCAUUAUUUGCAUUGGACAGCUCUGUCAGUUCGAAGUUGUUCUCCUAGAGAUUCCUUAAUUUUAAAGCUCGUCUCUUAUUGGUCCAGUGUUACUAAACGAGGAAACCUAACAUGAAUUAACUAAUUAUACACGAGUUUUAAAAGGUUCUCCUUGAAAUUGAAUAAGAGUGUUGCUACAGGAGGAAACCUACAAUGAACUAAACGAACGUUAUGUAUACCGGAUAGUUCUCUAUCUCUAUCGAUAGUUCUAAACUGUUCCCCUAGAGGCGGGAGGGGUUGUACGGGGUGGAACACCUCCAAUAUUUGUUCUUGCUUAAUUUCAGGUAAAUUCCCAGGUAAUUUUAGCCGAUUGUCAGGUAAAUUAUAACAGCAUUGACAAGCAAAGUGAAAACAAGCUAGUGAAGCUACGAAUGCGAAAUUUUAGUUCCAUUUCCGGGCUUUCUGACGGUCGAGGGAGCAUUUCCCCGAACCCCAUAGUAGAUUUAGCCCCACAUCCUAUUGUUGUAAUAUAUUGUCCUGCUACCUGAAUGUACACAUCAGAAAAACACACCAAAUUUCAAAACUACUUUUUGUAAGGUAAAAUGUAAUCUUAAAAAUCCGGCAAUUAGCCUAAAACUCGUUCUUAAAUAAUUUACGCUGUAUUUCUCAGGAUAUGUGGGCUAAUCUAUCGAAAGCGACAAUAGCCGAAAAAGUCGGGGCACUGGGGCUGACUAUUGGUAUCAUCAUCGGCCGCUGGCUCUUGCCUCGCGGUGCCAUCACACGUGACCAGCUUUCCGCGUUGCUGAUUGGCUACGUGGGCAUCGCCGCAGAUAUACUAGAAGUCUUCGAACUUUUUGAGGAGGAGAACCUGAUGUAUCGACAGUCUAUCACCAUAGCAACGCUGUUUGUUUUCUCCUGGUGUCUGUUGUCGUUUUGUUUGGUCACCACGGCAACCACAAGCAGUGACAAAGAGGAACCAAAACAACGCACAAAUAAGGUAAAUUGUUGCUCAUAGUCUCUGCGCAGAAUAUUUAAGAUAGGUCGGGGAAAUGAGUAAUUAAUUGGAUGACAUGAAGAAAUAUAAUGUUUGUGAUGUUACUCUGAGUGUGCAUGCACACCGGGCAAGCUGAAAAGUUUGCCUGACCACGGUGGGAAUCGAACCCGUGACCUUUGGCAUACAAGUCCAUGAAGAGUGGGAGUCAUAUAAGAGUCCGAAAACAGUGGGACUGACAAACAAUAACAAAACAAUGGAUGAUUCUGACCAGCGAAUCCGUGGCUGAAUGGAAGUUUUUCAUCCCAUUCGUGGUGUAAGAGGCCAUACAACACUUAAACAAAAUUAGAUUUACUCGCUAGAGAUAAAGAGGAUUUAAAAUACCCGCAGAUGCAACUGAGAAUGAUAGAUAAAGUUAACUUGCAAAGCUUAUAUUUUCGUUCAGAUAUCUGUUUCAUGAUAAUGCUCGGUAAAACCAGUGAAACCACUUUUUGUGCACAGUGUCACAUAUAAAAAAAUUAACAACAGAUGUAUUAUAAGAACUUUUAAAAAUGUUAUAUUUGUGGUGUUACUCUGAGUGUAUAUCCACACCAGGCGAGCUUGAAAAAUAUGCCCGGCCACGGUGGGAUUCGAACCUACGACCUUUGGAAUACUAGCCCAAUGCUCUUCCAACUGAGCUACGCGGUCAGGACGGUUCGAGUAAGUGAUAUUUCGGAACAGAAUCUAGUUCCUUCGAUACCAAUGUAUUCUAGUAAUAUGAUUUUUUUCUGUGUUGGUGUACUAGAUUCUGUUCCGAAAUAUCACUUACUCGAACCGUCCUGACCGCGUAGCUCAGUUGGAAGAGCAUUGGGCUAGUAUUCCAAAGGUCGUAGGUUCGAAUCCCACCGUGGCCGGGCAUAUUUUUCAAGCUCGCCCGGUGUGGAUAUACACUCAGAGUAACAGCACAAAUAUCAUAUUCACCUGAGUACACUACACCAACACAGAAAAAAAUUUUAAAAAUGUGAUGCUGCUUAUAUUUUGACACUUCUCGAAACCCCAACACACUUAACCAAAACUGCGCAAAAAAGGGCUUAAACGAGUAUGACUGGAAACUAACUGACAUUAUUGUUACCAACGUCCUGCUAUCAUUGCUACUAACUUUUCAGACGUAAAUUUGACCGUUCUAUGCAUUUCAGGUCAGUCCUAUGGAUGAAAUUCACCUGAGCACAAGUAGUGGCGAUACGAAACUUAAAGACAAUUAUAUAAAACAACUUAAAGAAAAACGGCGAAAAGAUGUCGAAGCCACGCCCCGAGCCAGACACGAGAAAACGAGGAACUCCUGGAACGCCAAGGAACGAACAGGAUUGAAAGCGGUGAAGGAGGUAUUCUCCGAGUCGGAGAAACGAGAAUUCGACUUACAUGGCGAUAUUUAUGGAAUUCUGACAGGAAUAUUGAUGAUGGAUGGACCAUUUCUGGUGUUCAGGUUGUACUGUACGGUGCAAUAUUCGGUGGAUAGCGAGAUGCACAUAUUUUAUACGGUUAAGAAUGCGAUUUCGCUGGCUCUGCUUGUGUACAGGCUGUGUAUUUUGACUUGUAAGGGACAAGACGAAGAGGACGAUGUUUUUGAAACAGAUGAGGAUAAACUAAGGAAUGUUCAAGUCGCUGUAAUCGGGGCACAGUACAACAAUUUUCGAGACUCACAUAAGACUUGA